CGACAACGAGCCAACCUGCUGCAGCUGACCGAGGAUCAGCCGCCAAGAAGCGCAAACCUGCACCUGAGAUGACGAGAGGAUAUGCGAGAGUGUCAGGAUCAGUGGCCAAGAAGCAAACACCUGCAGCUGAUAAACAGAAGAGCAGCCACCGUGAUGAGAUGGAUCCUGUUGGACAUGUGAAGCUCGAACCAAAGACAGAGGAGCGAGAUUGGUCCCUGGAACAAGUCAAACGUUUAGAAACCUUAAUAAAGAAGAUGUCAUCAAAGCUUUUAGAAAAAAAGUGGGAUAGAGCCCUGAGCUCCAUCCUGGAGCAGCUGACCGAGCAACAAUUUGCUGAGAUGCUGCUCAAUCUGGACAAAAUCCCUCUAAAAGUAAAAACUGACAAGUCCAGAAGAUCUAUCUCUGUUUUAAUUGUCCAAAACUAUGGGAUAGAGUCCAUCGCUGAAAUAGAUAGAAUAAUGAAGAAGAUACCAAUAAAUGACGCCGCAGUCCAGAAAUUGCUGCGCCUUUGUGGAGGAACUGAAUAAACAGCGCCAGGGAAAAAAAGGGCCUUCUGGAAAGUUGAUGCUUGAACCUUUUGUCAGUGCUGAGGACUGCAUUGAGUGGACUGAACUUAAACCUGUAGUCAACAAAGUGGAUGAGGUUCAAACAUAUAGCUUCCAGUGUGACGCAGGUCGCUUUGAAUGCAGCGUGUCUGCCCUGCGCUGGGUUUGUGAAGAAAAGCUCAGCUUCAGAUACCAGUUCUGCUCAUGGGAGGAACACAGGGUGAGGCUUUCAGCCACAACAUACAUGCCAGCAGGACCCCUACUGAACAUCACAGUCACAGCUGGCAAGAUGGAGGAGGUGCAUCUGCCACACUGGAUCUGUGUAGAUCACAACUCCAAAAUGUCAGACAAUUUUGCAGUUCUCCAUUUUGAUACCUGUGGAGAUGUGUGGAGGAAAGUGUCUGAAGUGACACGGUGCCACGUCAAGUUACUCCAGCCAACGUUCUCACUAAUAAGUGUUGCGUUCUGGAGGAGAAUUGGCUUCCCAGUGAAAGUGUUCUAUGACGUGUUGAUAUACAUGAAGAAACACCAAGCUGCCCUUACACUGCAUGUUUACCUGGUGCCACCUGAUGAAUCCCGGAAACAGAACCUGGAAAAAACAGAAAACUCUUGUGGAUCAGUGAGAAUCAUAAAACCAGACCCAGACAGGUCCAUGCAACUGGGAGAUCAUUACUCGCUGACAACAGACAAGACGGAUGCAAUGAUUCAACCCAGCAGACGAGAGCUCAGAGAUGAUAGUAAUAAUUCAUUUGAAGUGUUCAUCAGAAAUGCAGACAGUGACUUCCUCCUCAGGCUUGAAAGUGGGAAAACCACCAUCUGGACCUGUACCAUUUAUAAAGAAAACUACCUGAGCACUGAUCCUACACCAGGUCCAAGUGGGGCAAAUCAACAGAAGAAUGUCCCAACAGAGGAAAGCUACCCAACACAGGAAAGUGUCCCAACAGAGGACAGCGUCCUAGCAGAGGAAAGCUACCCAACACAGGAAAGUGUCCCAACAGAGGAAAGCUACCCAACAGAGGAAAGCGUCCCAGCAGAGAAAAAGCUGUUCCUGGUUCGGACAGAGUUUAUAGGAAGAGUGUCUGAUGAUGUUCUGAACCAACUUCUGGAUAAACUUCUUGAGCAUCGUAUUAUAAAUGAUGGUGAGAUGCAGUCCAUCAGAACAAAGGCCAAAGCAGACAAAGCACGAGAAGUGAUCGACACGGUGCGAAGAAAGGGAACUAAACCCAGCUCGCUUCUGAUCGCUGUUCUCCGUGAGUUGGAUCUGUGCCUUUCGAAAGUGCUGAAAUUAAGCUGAAGGUUCAAAGUUAUUUAUUAGUCAUGUGCACAACAAUAACAAGAGUAGUCAUUGGCAAUGAAAAUCGUAGGCCUCGUUGGGACAAUUUACAGAUGGAGUACGUCUAGAGACCACCCUCAAUAAUUUACCCAACAAUUCUUCCAUGAGCAAAUGCAUUUGGUGUGACAGCGGCGAGGAAAGACUUCCUUUUAACAGGCAGAACCUCAGACAGAACCUGGCUCUUGGUGGGCGGGCAUCUGCUUCAUGUAGGUAAAGUAUCAGCAGUGCACUGACACACCAAGGAGAAAGGAGGUUGUUGGCCUUCAGUCCAAGGUAGGCCGACAGGGAGACGUCUGUUGCCCUAGUUUUUGCGGUGUGUCUCGCAACGUCUCUACACGUCUGCCUUUUUCAGCGUAGAAGCUGUCAGUCAGACAAAUCCAUCUGAUUUGUUGUUCAGCUUAAGCGAGUAAGUGCACAAGAACAGAAACGGUAGUGAGGAAGGCAAACAAACAACUGUGAGAGGGCACACAGAAGAAUCCUCUCAUUAUUCAUGAAAUGGUCAAGUAAUUUAAUCUAUUGUUUUUUUCGUUGUGGUCCGCACGUAAUGGGAAGCAUCUAUACGGAGCUUGGGUUUAGGAAAAAACGACCUGGUAACACGCGGGAGACGGCCGCCGUCUCUGGGGGACGCGGGACAACAACGGGACGGUUGUUUUUAGGAAAAAAACAAUGGGGAAAUGAAUCGUCACACGC